AUUUAAGCAGCAAUCUUCCGGCCACGAACGCCGCCGGCUCCGCCGCCGUUAAGAGUGUGGAGGUUCAGGAGAAAGAAACGCCGCCGGCUGCUGGUCGGAUCCCGGGGGCAGUAAAGCCGCUGUCUUUUAGCAGCAACGGCGUACUGAAGCGUCACAAUUCGCUGCACCGCCACCAUGCGGUGGUGGUUGUUUACAAGGAGUGUCUCAAGAACCACGCAGCCACUCUCGGCGGCCAGCGCCACCUGCCAACACCCCUCAAGUACGGAAGGGGUUGAAGUUGAGGGCGGCUGGGGUGGAGGGACUUUACGCGGCGGACGCCCACAGUGGCCUUGAAGGUGGCGGCACUCGGCCUUCUCGGGGACGUCUACGUCUCGCGGCAGGGUCGAGACCUAAUGGUCGGGGUGGUGGCGGUGGUGGGAGGAGGCGGCGGAGGACUUGACAACGACAGCCCGAAUUCCCCAUCUCCGCCGCCGAUCUCCUCGUCGUACUACCCGUCGGCCCCGCAGAUGCUCCUCGCUCUCAGCACCGGCCUCUCCGCCGGGCACCCGACGGAGAACAACACCCCAAUCUCCGGCGCUCCCGCCCCCUCAAACCUCCCAUCCGCUUUCCCCACACCUAUUCCGAAAUCCAGAAAGCGGUUCAGAACGAAAUUUACCCAAGAUCAGAAAGAUAGAAUGCUGGAAUUCGCCGCCGGAGUCGGGUGGAGGUUCCAGAAGCGAGACGAAGACGCGAUCAACAAUUUCUGCCGCGAAAUUGGAGUAGAGAGGGGCGUUCUGAAAGUCUGGAUGCACAACAACAAGAACACCGUCGGAAAGAGAGACGGCGGCUCCGCCGCAGCCAACGACAACGGCUUCGACAUCCGCGGCAUGAAUUGUCACAAUCUGGACUCGGGCCCACACUCCUCCCGAUUCAAUCUUCGUCAAGAAAGCAACAGUGACAGCCAGGACAAUUACGGCCUCCACAACAGCGACGGCCACGGCGCCAAUGGGUCGUCAUCCUCGUCUUGACGGCGGCCGGCGAAAUCCAGAGAACAAUAAAAAAAGGGUCUUUUU